AUGUCCAUCUCUAAGCUACCUCAAAGUACAUGCCUCCUGCUCAGAUCAACGACUGUCGUCGCUUCCCCUCUGUCGGUUGUAAAGGAGCUCGUAGACAAUGCUAUCGACGCCGACGCCACAAACAUUGAGAUCAGCAUCUCGGCCAACACAGUAGACAAGAUCCAGGUCCGAGACAACGGCCAUGGUAUCAGCCCCGAAGACUACGACGCCGUUGGGCGGAGGUCACAUACCAGCAAGCUUCGGACCUUUGAAGAACUUCAGUGCAAGGGUGGCAAGACACUUGGUUUCCGCGGCGAUGCAUUGGCAAGCAUGAACACUUGCUCGAGGCUUUCCAUUACGACGAGAACAAGCCAGGAAAACGUUGCAACUUUGUUGGUUCUCAAAAAGGAUGUGGGAGGAAUUGCAGACAAGACCCUGGUUUCGGGUCCUGUAGGGACGACAGUCGACGUCUCCGAUUUGUUUGCUGGCGUGCCAGUCCGAAGGCAGCUUACAAUCAAGGAAAGCAAAAAGUCGUACGGACAGAUCAAGGAGCUACUUCACACAUACGCCCUCGUUCGACCACACAUCAGACUCUCGCUCAAGAUUCUCAAAAACAAAAAAAUCUCCUGGUCUUAUGCUCCCAGCAGGGGGGCCAGUGUCAGAGAUGCAGUUCUUCAAGUCUUUGGUUCUGAUCUAGUUUCGCAAUGCGUUUAG